CCCGGCCCCGCCGAGCGGCGCAGCCACCGGGGCCGCCGCCGCUCCGCCGCCUCGGGGCCCGGGCAGCGCCGCUCCCGCCGCCCCUCCGUGACGGGCCGCCCCGCGCUCCGGAGCGGACAGCUGCUUAGCACAAGCUGAUUUGCCCUGUACGGCUAUUAUGUACUUCAGAAUAACUGGGGUUGAGUGAACAGAGGGAACAUACACAUCCAGUUCCAAAAUCUACCUGAGAAAAUAGAUUAUAUCCCCUGUUUGCCUUGGAUUAAUGAGAUUUCCUUAUGUGGUCGAGUAGAUGUGUUUAUUUCAGCCUUAAAAUUGCUGGUGCAAAUCCUUGCUAUGGCAUCUGUGGCUUCACCGGUUAUAUUUAAGGAAUUUUGUCCCUUAUAUUAUCUCCUCAAUGCCAUUCCUACAAAGAUCCAAAAAGGCUUUCGCUCUAUUGUGGUGUAUCUCACAGCACUUGAUACCAAUGGAGACUACAUUGCUGUGGGGAGCAGCAUUGGGAUGCUUUAUCUCUACUGCAGACAAUUAAACCAGAUGAAAAAAUACAAUUUUGAGGGGAAGUGUGAAUCUAUUACUUUUGUAAAGCUGCUGAGUUGUUUUGAUGAUCUGGUUGCUGUUGGUACAGCCUCAGGUCGGGUUGCAGUUUUUCAGCUUGUGUCUUCAUUACCUGGAAGAAACAAACAGCUCCGGAGAUUUGAUGUUGCUGGCAUCCACAAAAGUAGCAUUACAGCUUUGGCUUGGAGUCCCAAUGGAAUGAAAUUAUUCUCUGGAGAUGACAAAGGAAAGAUUGUCUACUCUGCCCUAGACCUAGACCAGGGUAUUUGCAACUCCAGCCUUGUAUUGGAAGAGCCAUCUUCGAUUGUCCAGUUGGAUUACAACCAGAAGGUGCUGCUUGUCUCUACUUUACAACGCACUCUACUUUUUUACACAGAAGAGAAAUCCGUCAACCAAGUUGGAACACAGCCCAGAAAAAACACUGGCAAGUUUGGAGCAUGUUUUAUACCUGGCCUGUGUAAACAAAGUGACCUGACACUAUUUGCUGCCAGACCUGGGCUUCGUCUCUGGAAGUCUGAUGUUCACGGAACCGUUCAGGCCACAUUCAUAUUAAAAGAUGUAUUUGCUGGAGGGAUAAAAACUUUUGAACUGUAUCCUCGUUUGGAACCACCUGACAGAGGAAGUUACAGCUCUCCAGAGAAACACCUUGGGCUUGUUUCGUGCUUUUUCCGAGAAGGAUGGGUGCUGACCUGGAAUGAAUACAGCAUCUACUUGCUAGACACUGUGAACCAGGCUUUGAUUGGUGGCUUGGAAGGAUAUGGUGAUAUUGUGUCUGUGUCCUGUACCAACAAUGAGAUUUUUCUCUUAAAGGGAGACAGAGACAUAAUAAGAAUUUCAAGUAGACCUGAAGGACUGUCAUCAAUAGUUUCAGAUGUGAAUUCAAAAUUAUUGAAUCCUUUAACAGAUACGAGUCCUAAAUUGCUGACCCCGUCAUCAGUAGUUUCAUCUGUAUCAUCCAGCCCUUCAGUGGAAACAGAUAAAAAAAUGGUUACUUCCCUUUUGGUUACUGGUGAUAAAAAUGGUUCUUUGGUGAAAGAUGAUCUGGAAACUCCAACGCUGUCUGAGAAAAGUUUUGAUAGAAUGGGAGACUUGAGCAAUGAAAUGAGAAAAAGGGGCUGCUCUGUAGUAAGUGAAUCACGAAGCAGGAGCAGUUCUGUGAACUCUGUGGACAGUGGCUCGAGCUUUAUGAUGUGUGCAGACCAACUUUCAGAAGCUCAGAGAGAAGGUCAACUUUCUUCACAACGGUUCAGCACCAUCAGCUCUGAAGAUUUUGAUCAAGAACUCAUUGUAAAGCCAAUUAAAGUAAAAAAGAAAAGAAAGAAGAAGCAGGAAAGUGGGACAAGGAAAAACCACAGCUCUCUGGAAGGCACACCAAUUUAUGAGCGUCAGCUUUCUGGUGACAGUCCCCAUUCAUUGAAUGCAGACUCCUUUUCCAUGACCUCCAGCAUAAUGAGUGGCAGCAUUGAUCAUUUGAGCACUGGAUCUCCAGAUCAGGAAAGCAUGUUCAGCAUGGAGUCCCAUACGAUCUUGCACGAAGAUAAUGGUUCAGAAACUUUCAGUGUCCUGCAGUCUCCUGAGUCAGCAACUGUACUAAUUAAUGAAGAAAAUGGAGAGGUGGUUGAUUUGCAGAAACUUCCAAACAGUGACAGUGGCAUGGGUACUUCAGCUAUUAUAGAUACUUUGACAUCUGCAUCUCCUCUGAUCCUCACAGAAGACUUGACGAGCAGUAUUGAUGGUGAAUAUAAUGGUAGUGUGGUUUCUGCAAGCAAAGAAUUCUGUCCUGGAAAGCUGAGCCAAGAGGAGGAGCAGGAUUUUCCUAUGUUGUGUAAAAUAGAUGAAGAUUUGGAUAAAAUGAAGCUGCAGGAUACUGAAAAGUCUUUUGAAGGGCCAGACCUUACAGACCAGACGUUUUUGGAACGUGACCAUACAUUUGGUGUUCAGACAUCACUGGCACCAAAGGAAAGUGAUGAAAUUGGUAGGGAAGACCAGCAGGAGCUCUCCCUAAUCCACAGCGCUCUGUCAGACCCUUCUGUGCUCCACUUUGACAUCUCUAACGAUGUUUGUUCAGAUAACGCUUCCAUUUCUGGAUGGAAUUUUGAAAGUGCAAUCAAAGCUAAAUCUAGUGCUAGCACUGCUGAAUGGGUAGCAGACACUCAUGAAAGUAAGACUGAGAAAUCUGCCUCAAGUGAUGAAGAGGAUAUUUAUGGCCAUGGAUUACCAUAUUCAUCCUCAGAGACCAGCAUGCCUGAAGCUGGUGCUGUGCCUGGCUCACAGGAUGUGGCCAAGAUAAGCGCCGAUGAAAUGGUGCUGUUAAAAUCUGAUCAGUUUGCAGAGAGCUGGAUGGGGUACUCUGGGCCUGGUUAUGGCAUCCUGAGCCUGGUUGUUUCAGAAAAGUACAUUUGGUGCCUGGACUACCGAGGCAGCCUGUACUGCAGUGCCCUUCCUGCGGCCGGGCUGCGCUGGCAGAAGUUUGAGGAUGGAGUCCAGCAAGUGGCAGUGUCCCCGUCAGGGGCUCUUCUCUGGAAGAUUGAGCAGAAGACUAACAAAGCCUUUGCUUGUGGAAAAGUAACUAUAAAAGGAAAACGCCACUGGUAUGAGGCUUUACCCCAGGCUGUAUUUGUAGCUUUAAGUGAUGACACCGCCUGGAUUAUCAGAACAAAUGGAGAUCUGUAUCUGCAAACAGGCCUGAGUGUGGAUCGUCCUUGUGCCCGAGCAGUAAAGGUUGACUGCCCUUAUCCACUGUCACAGGUUACAUCCAGAAAUAAUGUAGUGUGGGCCCUGAGUGAGCAGCGGGCCCUGCUGUACCGGGAGGGAGUGCGCAGCUUCUGCCCUGAGGGAGAGCAGUGGAAGAGUGAUAUUGUCAGUGAAAUGCAAGCUUUGGAACCAGUGUGCAUAACCCUUGGAGAUCAGCAGACAUUAUGGGCUUUGGAUAUCCAUGGCAAUCUCUGGUUCAGAACUGGUAUAGUUUCAAAGAAACCCCAAGGAGAUGAUAACCAUUGGUGGCAAGUGAGCAUCACUGAUUACGUAGUGUUUGACCAGUGCAGCCUGUUCCAGACAAUAAUCCAGGCAACUCAUACAGUGGCAACAGCAGCUCAGGCACCUGUGGAGAAGGUGGCUGAUAAGCUUCGAAUGGCAUUUUGGUCACAGCAGCUUCAGUGUCAGCCCAGCCUCCUCGGAGUUAAUGGCAGUGGAGUCUGGAUCUCUUCAGGCAAAAAUGAAUUCCAUGUAGCAAAGGGAAACUUAAUAGGCACUUAUUGGAAUAAUAUUGUGCCUCGUGGUACUGCUUCUGCCACAAAGUGGAUUUUUGUGUUGGCUUCCACAGCUUCAUCUAAAGAAGGAAGCUUUCUGUGGCUGUGCCAAAGCAACAAGGAUCUGUUUUGUGUCAGUGAUCAGAAUCCUCAGUUUCGUCCUUCUACAGUCCAGCUGCCACCGGAGGCCGAGAUGGUGCACUACUCUGCCUGCCAGGAUGCCAUUUGGGGUUUGGAUAGUCUUGGGCAGAUAUUUAUCAGAACACUUUCAUCCAGCUGCCCAACAGGGAUGCAUUGGACAAAACUGGAUCUCACCCAACUAGGUGCUGUAAAGCUGAUCAGCUUGACCUGUGGAAAUCAGCAUGUUUGGGCCUGUGACACCAAUGGUGGCAUUUAUUUCCGUGUAGGAACUCAACCUCUUAACCCAAGUUUGAUGCUUCCUGCGUGGAUAAUGAUUGAGCCACCUAUACAGCCAGUAGGAAUCAACUUGGUCAGCAUUCAUUCAAGUCCAAAUGAUCAGAUGUUGUGGGCAAUUGAUAGCAAAUGGAAUGUCCAUGUGCGAGUUGGAAUUACAGAUGAAAUGCCUGUAGGCACUGACUGGGAACAUGUACCAGGUUUGCAGGCUUGCCAGCUGGCCAUAAGUACAAGGACCGUUUGGGCGCGGUGUCCCAAUGGAGAUGUAGCUCGUCGGUACGGCAUUACUGACAAGAAUCCUGCAGGAGACUACUGGAAGAAGAUUCCUGGAAAUGUCUCACGCUUAACAGUGACCCCUCUAGAUGAACUGUGGGCAAUCAGUACUUCAGGAUCCCUGCUCCAGCGCCUCACUAAGACCUUUAGCCAUUCCCAUAGUUUGCAGAAAAAUAAUGACACUUCUGUUCUGCUUCACCCUGAUGAUUUUGAAGAUGAAUGGGAAGUGAUAUGAAGUCUCUCAAGCUUGUGAAGCAGUGAAAAAAACAGGACAGAAUUUCUGUGAUGUAUGUACAGAAUAUUGGAUCUAAAAGCCACUCAUGUUGGACCUGUGAUAUUAGCACUUUUGUAUUGAAAAACUGACCUGUUAAAUAGCCCCCAAGCUGUGAGUUCUGAUGUUUGUUACAUUAUCUUUUGGGAGACUCUUUAGAUGUGGCAUACUGCAAUUGUUAUACUGUAUUACUGUAGAAGCUCCUUUGGAAAUAUAACCCUUAAGUUAAUCUUACUAGCAGUGGAAGUGACUACUUCACAACAGCAUGCACACUAAUGUACUGAUUUUGAGAAGGAAUUCUGUUGCAUUAAAUAUUUCUCUACAGCAGAAACACUAAGCAUUUCUCAAUUUCUUCUUGUACUUGGAACUCCAAACUGAUGGGAUCGCUCUCUGACUGUUGUACAUACAUUUAGAAUUAUUUUUCCUUGCAGCAUGGAAGAAGAUAUGGUGAAGUAUUUCUUAGUAAGAUUUGAGAACAUCAUGAUUACACAGUAUUGGUGUUGAAAUUAACUUAGUUUGAUCCAUUUCCACAUAAAUAUUUGCAAGGCUAUACUAACCUUCCAUUUCUUGAAAUUUCGUUCAUAAUUUGGCUUUAUUCACAAGGGAGAAGUUUGGAUUACACCUGAUAUCAGGGGGACUUUCACCCAUUUCCAUAGCCAUCAGGAAGCUGACAGAUUUUUGGGGGUAAGUCCCAGUUUGGAAUAAGAAGAGGUCGCUUGUUGGGUUUGUAGUACAAAGCAGGAAUGUAAAGGCAGCUUUCAUAAUUCCUGUUGUGCUGUAUUUGUGCCUCCAGCCAGUGCUUUAACAUUUGGACUCAUAUUGUUUUGAGUACCAAACUUAGAUGUAUUAAGAGAAAAAGUGGUAAUAGAUAGAAUUACCUAUAUAUCCCGUUAAAAAUUGUGAUAUUGUGAGAAAAUACUUAACAAUAUUCUGAUUUUUAGCUAUGUUAGCUAAAUUUUGAAGUGUCUUAUAUUUAACAGAGGUUGCAGCAGGAGUAUGUGAUGAACUGGGAAGUAACUUAAGUUAAUAAUUGCAGUUUAUUUUUCUUUAUACUAAAUCUUCUUUGAAAGAUACCUCAUCUUUUUUAAGCAAUAGAACUAUAGAUGAGAGAACCUGAGUUCACUAUGUAGGCAGAGGAGUUAUUUUGUGUUUGUUCUAAGCUUAUAAAUCAUCAGAAUGUUUUAAGCAGCUGUUAGCCAAUACUGUAAAAGAGCCAGCUUCAGAAAAGGCCAAGAGUUGUCAAGUGGGGAUGUUUCUGUUUUGAGAACUUAAUACACACGGAAAAGGAUGUGUUUUCUUUUGAACCUCUGUUCUCUUCCAGAACAGUUCAUGCGUGUGCUGCACUAAACUUGGAACAAACAUGCAAGGUGAGAAUGUGAAUCAGUGGAGAGAGAACCAAGUUAUGUCACCUUUUUUUUAGUAGCACUUGUGAUAUUGGCUGUGAGUUCUCAGCCUGAUCUCAGUCUUACAGGGAGGACAGAUUUGUUUCCCUUUUACAGAUGAUAUGUUCGCUUCUUUCUUGUUCAUCUGUAUACAGAGAUUACCCCAGAGGGUUUUUUUAGCCUGUCUGGCAGUGGAUGGGAAUGGAAUCAGCUUGUGAAGUAACCCAGUAUGUUUUAUGCAAGCAUAGCUUGGUGUCUUGAGGACCCUAAAGAAGCUGAAAUUCAGCUUAAAAGUAUCUUGUGGCAGCUCCUGAGUCAAUCACUUUGGAGAAAGGACACGAGUACUUCUCUGUGCCCUGCCAAGCACCGGAUGCUCAAAUACAAUGGCAUUAUUUAAUAGUGACACUUUUGUAUUACAUUUUUCAAGUCAUCUUAGUAAUGGUUUGAGCUUGCUAGUUGUUUAUUUACUGUAUAAUACUGUUCCUUGCUAUGGUCAUUAAUAUUAAAUUGAUAUCAAGAGCUCUUAUCAGAGUACUUUUUAGGAUAGCUUAAAUAAAAUUAGGAUGGAUUUUUUUACUUUUAUUUCUGUAUUUAGGUUUUUGGUUUUGUUUGUGCUUUGAGACAAGUGCAAUAAACUAGAUUUUUAAGAAAUAAA